GCCAGACGGAGCCAAGCCCCAACCAGGAAGGGCCUCGGAGCCUUGGGCCGCCAACACCACUGUCUCCAAGAGCCAGGUUUGGGGCGAAAGAUGGUGCUGACCGGGUGCAACUGGCUCCUCCUCAGCGCUGUGUUCCUGAGCACAGGGGCCGAGAUCUCUAUCACCCCCGAGCCUGACCAGCCAGCCGAAGGGGACAACGUCACACUGGCUGUCCACGGGCUUUCGGGGGAGCUGCUUGCCUACAGCUGGUAUGCGGGGCCCACGCUCAGCCUGGCUUACCUGGUGGCCAGCUACAUCGUGAGCACAGGCGAUGAGACCCCUGGCCCGGCCCACACGGGGCGGGAGGUUGUGCGCCCCGACGGCAGCCUGGACAUUCAGGGCGCCCUGCUUGGGCACUCGGGCACCUACAUCCUUCAGACUCUCAACAGGCAGCUUCAGACGGAGGUGGGCUACGGACACUUGCGGGUCUAUGAGAUCCUGGCCCCGCCCGUGGUCAUAGCCAACAGCACGGAGCUGGUGGAGCGCCGCGACACCCUGCGCCUGCUGUGCAGCAGCCCCAGCCCCGCUGAGGUCCGAUGGUUCUUCAAUGGCGAGGCUCUGCCCAUCGCCCUCCGCCUGGGCCUGUCCCCUGACGGCCGGGUGCUCACCCGGCAUGGCAUCCGCAGGGAGGAGGCCGGAGUCUACCAGUGUGAGGUCUGGAACCCGGUCAGUGUCAGCCGCAGCGAGCCCAUCAACCUGACCGUGUACUUCGGCCCAGAGCGUGUGGCCAUCGUCCAGGAUUCCAUCACCCGCACGGGCUGCACCAUCAAAGUGGACUUCAACGCGUCCCUCACCCUGUGGUGCGUGUCCCGGUCCUGCCCAGAGCCCGAGUACCUGUGGGCCUUCAACGGGCGGGCCCUAAGGAACGACCAAGACCACCUCAACAUCAGCAGCAUGUCAGCGGCCCAGGAGGGCACCUACACGUGCAUCGCUAAGAACGCCAAGACCCUGCUCUCCGGAUCGGCCUCGGUGGUGGUCAAGCUCACCGCGGCCGUAGUCGCCAUGGCUAUCGUGCCCGUGCCCACCAAGCCGAUGGAGGGCCAGGACGUGACACUGACGGUACAGGGCUACCCCAAGGACCUGCUGGUCUAUGCCUGGUACCGCGGGCCUGCCUCUGAGCCCAACCGGCUGCUCAGCCAACUGCCGUCGGGGAACUGGAUCGCGGGCCCCGCGCACACAGGCCGGGAGGUGGGCUUCCCCAACUGCUCGCUGCUGGUGCAGAAGCUGAACCUCACGGACGCCGGGCGCUACACACUCAAGACUGUGACACUGCAGGGCAAGACUGAGACGCUGGAACUGGAGCUGCAGGUGGCCCCCCUGGAGUAGCGGUGUGGCCCUGGACACCUCCAGUGAGAAGAGCUCUCCGUGCCGUCCUC